CUGAUCCAGAGUCAGAUCUAAACAGAUGCUGACUGUCAUCUGAUUGGCUGAGGAGCCGAACAGCUGAUCUGAGAACAGCUCCAGGUGCUGUGGAGGGAAGUUUCUCCUCCGUGUCGGUCCAUGAACGCGCAGACACGCAUCUACAUCAACCCCUAACCCUUUAACCCUGGAAGAGACGGGCAGCCCUGCGGAGGAUGGACGGCAGCAGGCUGUGAACGGCAGCCCGGCAGCAUGUGACAUGAACCGGGACAAAACAGCGAGCGAGGCCGGUGACAUGAUGUUGGUCCGGAGCUCGCACGGCCGAGGUAAAGCCAGAGUGAGUCAUGCGGUGGUUGUGAUCUUCCUGGAGUUCUUCGCCUGGGGGCUUCUGACUACGCCCAUGCUGACUGUCCUUCAUGAGACGUUUCCUCAGCACACCUUCCUGAUGAACGGCCUGGUGCAGGGAGUGAAGGGCUUCCUGUCGUUUCUGUCGGCUCCUCUGAUUGGUGCGCUGUCAGACAUCUGGGGCAGGAAGUCUUUCCUCCUGAUGACGGUGUUCUUCACAUGCGCUCCGAUCCCCUUCAUGAGGAUCAGCCCCUGGUGGUAUUUCGCUCUGAUCUCAGUCUCAGGAAUCUUCGCUGUGACCUUCUCGGUGAUCUUCGCGUACGUUGCCGACAUCACGGAGGAACACGAGAGGAGCACCGCCUACGGCCUGGUGUCGGCUACCUUCGCUGCCAGCCUGGUGACGAGUCCGGCCAUCGGCGCCUACCUGUCAUCCCGCUACAGCGACAGCCUGGUGGUGCUCAUCGCCACGGUGAUCGCCGUGGCCGACAUCGCCUUUGUGUUCUUCAUGGUUCCGGAAUCGCUGCCGGAUAAAAUGCGUCUGACGUCCUGGGGCUUCCCGAUCUCCUGGGAGCAGGCCGACCCCUUCGCUUCUCUGCGUCGUGUGGGGAAAGACUCCACAGUGCUGCUGAUCUGUGUCACAGUGUUCCUGUCCUACCUGCCAGAAGCUGGACAAUACUCCAGCUUCUUCCUCUACCUGAAACAGGUGAUCGAGUUUUCUCCAGCAGCCAUCGCCGCCUUCAUCGCCAUGGUGGGAAUCCUCUCUAUAGUCGCUCAGACUCUGUUCCUCAGCGUUCUCAUGAGAACCAUCGGGAACAAGAACACGGUUCUGCUGGGUCUGGGCUUCCAGCUCUUCCAGCUGGCCUGGUACGGCUUCGGCUCCGAACCCUGGAUGAUGUGGGCAGCAGGAACCGUAGCAGCCAUGUCCUCCAUCACAUUCCCAGCUGUCUCUGCUCUGGUGUCACACAGCGCAUCACCUGACCAGCAAGGUGUGGCUCAGGGGAUGAUCACAGGUAUCAGAGGACUGUGUAAUGGUUUGGGUCCAGCUCUGUACGGCUUCAUCUUCUUCCUCUUCAACGUGGAGCUGACCGACAUUCCUGUAGCAGGAAGACCUGUUCCCCCUCCAGAGAAGUCGAUGAUCCCCGGCCCGCCCUUCCUGUUCGGAGCGUGUGCCGUCCUCUUCGCUCUGCUGGUCGCCAUCUUCAUCCCCGAGCAUCACCGAUUGGCCGACGUGAAGACCUGCUCGGCCCGCAAGUCGAGCUCCGCCUCCGCUCACGCUCUGGACGUGACGCUAACGCCGGCCAGCGACGCCGAGGACAUCGAGCCGCUGCUACAGGACAGCAGCCUGUGACCCGCAGCAGCAGCCAAUCGCAGCGCAGGAAGCUCUCUGCUAGUCCCGCCCCCUCCACAAUAAACCAACCACCACUCUUUGUUUCUUCUUCUUUUUCUUCAGAUUCAGACGGGCGGAGUUAGACGGCAAUCACACGUUAAACAGCUCCAUGCGCAUCCUAGUGGUGACUCUAAGCAUUACACCCAUCAUUAUUAUUAUUAUUAGUAUUAUUAUUAUUCUAUUCUCGGCAGCAGCUUUAACCUUCUCAUACUGUUCAUAUUCAGAUAUUAAGGAGUAAAAAUAAUCCGAUUAUUUUAUAUAUGAAUAAUAUUUAUAAACUUUAAAACACAUGUAAUUAAAUAUUUUACCAUUUGACGAUAAACUUUAUUAUUUAGACCAACAUCAAUGCUCUGAAACAGUAAAACUACUCUGUUAAUUUAAUAAUUAUAAAUAACUAAAUAACCAAAAACACAUGAACUUAUAUAUUAAACAAAAAAAAAGGAUCAAAUAAACAUUAAAUUAAUCCUUAAAGAAGCUUUCAGAGAGUUUAUUAUUUUAGUUUUUACACUUUUUGUUCAAAAAUGACACAAUAAAACGGUUCAGUGUUAAAUAAAACAUCACACUUCCAAUAAGUGAUGAUGAAUAAACUGUAUUUUAUAAUUAUAUAUUUUAAUAAAUGAUAGUUGAACACUUUCAGCUGCACAAAAACAUUUAUUUAAAAAGUUGAAAUAUUUCACAUUCAGGAUAAAUAAUCACAUUUAAGGCUUAAAUGUUUAGUUUUUUUCUUCUAUUAAAUGUAAAAAUGGGUCAAAUUGGACCCUGAACAGUGUAAAGUGUUAAACUGCAACCUCAGUUCAAUCCAACUUUAUUUGUUAAGCAUUUAAAAACAAAACAAUGUGCUGCACAGAAGAAUAAAUAGAAGAUAUGAGGCAUAAAAUUACAUAUAAAAUACAAAUAAAAGACUUAAAACGAGUAAAAAUAACAACCAUACAGUAUAAAACAUCUUACUAUUGUGUCAAAGGCCGAGGAGAAGAGAUGUUUCAUUUAUUCAUUCAUUUAUUCAUUUAUUCAUUCUUUCAUUCACUCCAGUUAUCAUCAGACUUCUCAGCGUGGAGACGGAGCAGAUUAUUAGUUUGUGUGAUUGCCGUCUGAGCGCUCCACUGCGUCUGUCUCCACCCGCCAGGUCUGCGUUGGUCAGCAGAUCAAACGCUCCCCUGCUGUAGAGGAGCAGCAGGGAGGUGGAGAGGUGGAGGUGGUGGUGCGUUGAAUUCGCCUCACAGCACAGCCGAGAGGAGCAGCGUCGUUUUUAAAGAAAAAACUGAAACUUUUUAACCCCCCCCCCCCCCAACCGGACGGAGAGACCGAGCCGCUCGGGAUUGUGGGAAACGACGCAGACGAGGCUCAGGGCGUUUGUUUGUGUUUUUUUUGUCCUCGCUGACCGCUCACGACUUUUUAAAGAUGCAAAUAACAAACCAAGGACUCCAUGGGUGACCGGUUACCGCGGCAACCACAGUCAUUAUCACCACCACCGCCAACGCCAUCAGAUGUAUUUAAUCAGUUUGAAGUGCUUUUGUUUCUUUUUUAAAGGUGCGCUUGAUUUCUCCACAGCUGGGGGCGUCUCCUCGUCUGUUCUGCUGUUUUAAAUACUUGAAGUGUGUCGAGCUCGUUAACUCUUCGGUUCACCGUCACGCUUCCUUUCCUUCCUUCCUUCUUGCCACCUGACGCAGCGCGAAUCAAGCGCUCCCAGUUACUGACGUAGUUUUUUUUUUUAUUGUUUGUUUUUGAGUUUUUUAAAACCAAAUUGUGCCAUUAUUGUUUGUUUUUUGUUACUUUCGUUAUUUGUUGUUGUUGAUUUUGUUUUUUAAGGGGUCAAAGGUUAAACCACGACAUUCCUAUAUAACGCUGGGUACAAAAAAACACGCCUGUUACCGUGGCAACAGCUAGCAAGUCACACACCCCCCAGUUUAGAAAAUGGGAUGUUUAACUUUUGUUUUGCUUUUUAUGUUUAAAGGACCAUAUCGUAGUUUUUGGUUUAUUUUUUUCAUGUUUAACCCAAAAAACUUUAAUUUAAUUUAAUAUAUUUUUACAGUCCUGCUGCUCAGAUGUGAAACCUGCUGCAGAAAAACCAAAAAUAUCUCAAAUAAUAUAAAAUAAAUCACAUUUUAAGAAGCUGGAAUCGGAGAAUUUUGGGACUUUUGUUUCGACUUGACGCAAAUUAUUAAAUAUCGCAAUAAUUUGGGGACUAAUAGACGAAUCAUUGCAGCUCAGAUUGGAUCCACUCUCACAUACAAACGUUUAUUUACGCAGCAGGUUUCAUAUCCGAAAAGGCUAAAAAUCUAAAAAAAGAAAAAACCUGACGAUAAAUAAAUAAACUCAGCAGGAUAAAAAGUUUCUGACGUUAAAAACUUUGCUCUUAUUUUCAAAUCUUAUUAAUCUUUUUUGUUGGUUUUUGUGUAUAAAAAUAAAUAAAUAAAUAAAAUGUUUCUGA